CACAAGGUGGAUGUUGUCGAUCACGUGAUCCAGCUCGUGUUUGACACCUCGGGCGGUGACGUAGCUGCCGCGGCACCUUUGUGACCCCGUCACACGAUCAGAGCGGCUGCAUCUCAUUGGCCACCUCCUCCCAAUCCUACAGAUCGUCAUUCAACCAUUUCCCAACAACACCACCAUCACCUCCUCCACCACUGCUGCUCCCUCCUCCCUCACUAUCAGCAUCUCUGGUGAAGGGAGGUGUGGCAGGGAUCAUGUAAAUAAACCCCCCUCCUCCACCUCCAUCACCUCCUCCUCUUCUUCUUGCUCCCUUCACUCUUCAUUUCCUUCUUUAUCUCCGUCUUUCUGCGCUCCAUCUCUCUCUGCAUGGUCAUUGGGUGAGGGGUGGUGGUGGUGGAGGUGCUACGGAGGGAGGAGGCAGCAUCCAUCUCCUCUCCAGCCUUCAAACCUUUAAAACUGGUUUGACAGCAGCUUAACCGGAGGCUAGACUUCGUCACGCUCCCACAGCCGCCACUCCUCCCCCACCCCCCUUUUUUACCUCAUGCAACGCGACUCCUCUCCACUCCACUCGCUCUGUGGCUCGCGAGGCUGAAGGAAGGCAGAGCGUGGAGGGAGGAGAGAGAGCGAGUGUGAGGCUUUCCCAGAAUAGAGAAGCAGCAGGAGGAGGUGAGAGAGGAUGAUGAUGGAAGCCAGCUUUGACACUGAGGAGAGUUUUGACGAUCCCUCCUGUCUCGCCCCGCAGCCCCCCGGCUCGGUGUCGCCGGCCAAGAGGCAGAUCAGGGAGGUCAAGGAGACCAAGAUCACUAUCAACUGUGUGACGUUCCCUCUGCCUGGAGAAGGUCCGGAGCAGCAGCUCCUGAAGCCGAACGAAUGGAGCUACUGCGAUUACUUCUGGACCGACAAGAAAGACCCCCAGGGGACGAACUCUGUGGCGGGCUUCGAGGUUCUCCUGCAGAAGCAGCUGAAGGGCAAACAGAUGCAGAAGGAGAUGGCCGAGUUCAUCCACGAGAGGAUAAAGAUUGAAGAAGAGUAUGCCAAGAACCUCUCCAAGCUGUCUCUGAGCCCCCUGGCAUUACAGGAGGAAGGGACUCUCGGAGAAGCCUGGACCCAGCUGAAGAAGAGUCUUCACGACGAGGCUGAAGUUCACCUGAAGUUCUCAAACAAGCUUCACACCGAGGUAGAGAAACCUUUGCUGACGUUCAGAGGCGACAACUUCAAGAAGGACCUGAAAAAGUACGACCAUCACAUCGCCGACCUCAGGAAGCAGCUGGCGAGUCGCUACGCAGGUGUGGAGAAGGCCCGUAAAGCCCUGGCAGACCGACAGAAGGAUCUGGAGGUGAAGACCCAGCAGCUGGAGAUCAAACUCAGCAACAAGACGGAGGAGGACAUCAAAAAGGCCCGGCGGAAAUCCACACAAGCAGGAGACGACCUGAUGCGCUGCGUGGAUCUGUACAACCAGACUCAGUCCAAGUGGUUUGAGGAGAUGGUGACCACGAGCAUGGAGCUGGAGAAGCUGGAGGUGGAACGCAUCGAGUGGAUUCAGCAGCAUUUACGCCAGUACACGACUCUGCGGCACGAAACAGACAUGUUCAACCAGAGUAUGGUGGAACCGGUCGACCAGCUGCUGCAGAACGUGGAUCCGGGUAAAGACAGAGAGCUCUGGGUGAAGGAGAACAAAACCGGCGAGGUCCGACCUGUGGACAUGGACAUAUAGAGCAUCCUGACCUGGGAUCAGCCAUCCUGUCUUCAGUAUUAAAAACGCAUCCACAGAGUCUCCAGAACAACCUCUAAUAACACUGAUCCAGGGACAGUGAGGUCUGCUCAUCCUCUCUCUGACUGGAAAAUCAGGAGGAAAGGUUCAAAACUUAACGCAGGAAACAGUAACGGAUCAACGUACCAGCAUGUUCCUUCGAAAUUUUAACCCUAUCAUAACCAACAUUAGCUUAUUGAAUGCCAUUUAACAUAUUCUGCUGUUUACCUGUUGUAAAGUCGACACUAUUAGAAAAAAAUAUAUGUAUUUUGAAUCGUUUAGUUGAGCUUCAAUCGACACUUUUCCAAACCAAACACACUUAAAAAAAAAAGUCUGAUUAUUGAUACUACCUUUAUUUUAGAUACAGAUAUUGAAGCAUAUCAAGAUCUUAGAGUGAAUAUGAUGAUAUAUUUUCAUAUUUUGCUGGUUCAUUUAGGUGGAAAUGCAUGUUUUGAAUAUCUUGCUUUUACCGUCUUAAUGGAGAGCUGCACAAUUCGUGGAACCAUGAUGGUUUGGUCGUUUUUUUUUUUUUUUUGGUUUUUGUAAAGUAUUCUGCAUCUUUGCAAGUGACAGAAUCAGUUGAAUCAAUCAAUCAAAAAAAAAAAAUCCAGUAACCUCAACAAACAAACAAACAAACAAACACAUACAGUGUUUAUGGAAUGUGAAAUUUGCUUGACACGAGUCCCAACACGUGGUCGAUCGCAGAUUUCUUUUAGGCCAGGGUCUAUUUUGGAUCAGGAAAAAAAAAAGUUGGUGGUCCAAGUUACACUGAAACACCCUUUAGUGCCUAACGGUUAUAUACCUGGAAUGUCCUUGACAUAUUCUACUGCAUCAGUGUACAUUUGUACAUACAAGGCUUAGAUGUAUUUUGCUGUCAAAAUGUUUAACAAAGGUCUUCGGGGGCCGAUGAGGUGUUUGUACUGUACAAUGUUGUUUGUUUUAUUUUUAUGGUAAAUGUACAGAGAAUAUCUUUACGAUGGCGGUUGGUAGAGAUUAAAUAGACUUUAUUGAUCCCACUUGACGUGUUACAGCAGCUCAAACGAGAUACACGAGAUGAAUAAGAAAAAUACUGUCAUUAGAGGCGCCCUGGUAGAGUUAGCUCCCCGCAUACGGAACGCAGCAGCGACCUGGUUUGGACUCCGGUGGGUGGGUGGUCAUUUGCUGUUGUUUCGCUCUCUGUGUUUCGUUGUCGCAAGUUGAAAUCCGUCCAGAGUUCAUUCAGCCACGUCUCCGCGAUGCUACACUCUCAAUACUCCCUCUGUUGUAGCCUGGUUAGCGCGUUAGCUCCUCCAUAUUAUCGGGGUUAGAUCUUACGCCAAAACCCCUUCAAACCCCACAGGAGUGUUUUCGGAGCGUUUUGCCCCUCCAGACUUUAACUUGGUAAAAAGAAAAUUCUGGUGUAGGUGCAAUCAGAAGUUUGCACAAGGUGUUUUAUUUUGCUCGGCUGAUUGACGCGGUGGGGUUUGAAACAUUCUACCGUAAAAAACUGAAUACGUUGCAUCCGUGUCCGGUAGAAUUUGGCCGUUACAUUCCCCAUGUUAACAGACAUGGUUUGUACCAUCACGCUUAGAUCCAGCUCUGCCGAUCUUUCCUUCGAGAGUACGCUAGCUAACAGCUCUUAUGCAGUGUAAACAAGCGAGACAUGGCUUAUUUUUUAAUGGGUCACCCAACAUAUAGUUCAGUAUAACUUAAAAAAGGCAGAUCGCUGAUGUCCGUAGUUCUACGUCCAUGUUUGCACCCAACACCGACGGAGAUUGGUGUCAAAAAAACAUUUUAAAAACUGCUGUAACUGGCUGUUAACCACGCGGCACCAUGGUGGCGUGGUAUAGAUCGGUCCGUCCUGGAUGUUGUUGACUCAUCCCGGUUGCACAAAUACAAACAUUUUUUAUCAGAAACUGCAUGUACAGUAUGUGUCUGUGUUUCUACGUGUCCGUCUUUGUCUUUACAUUUUGUUGUGGUCAAUUUAUUUUUGGGUCAAAAGCACGAAGCCAAUCAAAUAAAAAUUAAAGUCGAGCUGCCAGGCACAAGAAAAGAAUGGCUAAUGAAUAAAAAAAUAUAUAUAAAUGCUUACCUGCCUUAUCACCAGUUACCACGUUAUUUUUGUGUCAUCGUCUUGAUUUGUGAAUGGAUUCAGCACAUUCAGACUUUGUUUCAAACACGCAGGUUUAAAUAGCAUUAUCUGUCGUAGAGUUUUUAUCGAUGUUUGUCAAUGUUGUGCAUUAAAUGUAAGAAGUUAUUCUGUUCUGACUAAAUGUUCUCGACGAGGAUCGACGGUUUCAUGGCGUAACGGUUGAGUUUGACUGCCCUUCUGUGAUUAACAUUUUUCAUAACGUGCAUUAAAUCCGAUGUUCCCGUUGUUUUUUGAGAAUGUUUGAUCAUAGGUGACCUCAGUCCAGACGGUGUACUGUGGAAUGCAGUGUCCAAAAUAAAUCUCCUCUUUGAAGAUUAAA